AUGGUUCUCCCGCACGACCUCUGCGCCCACCUGCAAAACGCCUUCCGAGCGCGGCACCUGCAGGUCGCCGUAGCGCACACCACCCAGAACCUCGGGAUCCUCUCCAUCCUCCUGCGUGCCGGCUUCCUCACGAGCCUCACGCGGGGGACCGCCCAGGCGCCCGCGCCAUUAGACUGGGCGAAAGCAGGCGAAGCCGAGCGAAGGAUAUGGGCGCAGCUCAAGUACCGCGACGACCGCCCCGUGCUGAGCGCGAUGGAGCUCGUGAGCCGGCCGAGCAAGCGUAUCUUUAUGGACGCGGGCGAGAUUCGCAGAAUAUGCUCGGGACGGCGCGCGCAGACGAUUAAGCCGCUGGGGAUGGGCGAGAUUGCGGUCGUGCACACGGAUAGCAAGGAGCAUGAAUGGGUGGAGGCGCGGGAGGCGGUCAGGUUGAAUUUGGAGGGGGAGGUCAUCUGCCGGGCGCGGUAG